GCUAAGUCUGACCAUAUAAUCGCAGGGGACCAGUCAGCGGAAGGUGGCGCUGUUAAUCAAAAUGGCUGUCUGCGAUCACUUCGUGCGUUUGUAAGAAGACUAAUUCGAGUUUAAGGAGCUUGAAUGGAGAACAUGACCAUAGACAAUUUGCUGUGUUAAAUUGUAUACUACAAGGACAUUAUCUCAGGCAUUAUGGCGGACGGUCAAGUCAUAGCUGGUGGCGUAAGCCAGCUUCCUGGUACAAAUGGUGGAGUUAUUGCCCCUGAAGGUUAUGAUCCUAACCCUCAACCAGAGGAAGAGGACGUUCCAAUGUUAGAUAUUAAUAUAAACAAUGUUGUAUGCAGCUUUAAUACCAAGUGUCAUCUGAAUUUGAAAAGAAUUGCCAUGGAGGGUACAAAUGUAGAAUAUCACAGACAACAUGGGAUGUUAAAUAUGAGAUUAAGAAAUCCUUACACUACAGCCAGUGUGUGGUCUUCUGGUAAGAUCACAUGCACAGGGGCCCUGAGUGAAGAGUUUUCCAAAAUAGCUGCAAGGAAGUUUGCAAGAAAAAUACAGAAAAUGGGAUAUAAAGUAAAGUUCACCAAUUUCCGUAUAGUGAACGUCCUUGGAACAUGUUCACUGCCAUUUGCCCUUGAUAUUACUAAAUUUUCCAUGGAACACAAGGAAGCCAGUUAUGAACCUGAGCUGCAUCCAGGUGUUACUUACAGAAUAAAAAGUCCCAAGGCUACACUGAAAAUAUUCUCCACGGGCAGUAUAACUGUCACAGCCCCACGGGUAGCAAAUGUACAGUCAGCAAUAGAAUAUAUAUAUCCAUUAGUGGCAGACUUUAAUGCUGGACCUAGAUCUGUAAAAACUUCUUCUAGUGUGAACAAUGUGAUGAACAAAAGACUACAGGCUGAACGCAAAGUCGUGGAUGAUGAAUCGGAUUUUGACGGAAGUAGUAUGGAAGACAGUGAUGGAGAUUUUGACAGUGAUGUUAGUCAGGAUUAAAAGCGCGAAGUUAGUCAAAAUUUAAACAUCUGUGGUGUUUCGAAUAAUUGUGUUUCUUAUCGUUGGAGUCUUUGUUGUUACAAAAUAUUUGUACCGAGCGUCAUCGAAGUAAUAGAAUUUUCACAUUGAUUAAUUUAUGAAAUAUCUUGUUCAUAAUUAUGCUUUGUUAUCGGAAACUUUGGGACCGAUGUUUUGGUGUGAUGUUGUUGAGAAAAUGUACGUGUUCUGUGUAAGUAUGAGUGGAUGUGUUACGAUAUUGUCACGGUUAUUUCCUGCAUUGAAUUUUUGUAGUUGAACAUUUGUUACUUAUGUACUCUGUGGCUUUUUACAUGCAUAUGUAGUUAUUGAUAGAAUGAUUUGUUGAAUAUAUGUGUACUGUGAAUGGAUUAUCAUUUAUAUGCUCUGUUAUUUCUUGUAUAUACGAUGGAAAAUCUUGAAAAAUGUUUUUUAUAGGGUAAGAAAUAUUUAGUAUGAAUAUAGUUACAGGCAU